AUGGCAACAAGAAACCAGACCACAGUGACUGAAUUCACCUUGAUUUCCUUUCCCAAUGUCCCAGAGCUCGAGAUUUUGUUCUUCGUGGUUCUCCUGCUUGUUUACACACUCACCAUAACAGGAAAUAUUAUCAUAUUUUCCUUAAUAUGGACAGACAGUCGUCUCCAAACACCAAUGUACUUCUUCCUCAGUAAUUUGUCAUUUUUGGACAUUUUGUUCACAACUACCAUUGCCGCAAAGUUGCUAGCCUGUCUCUUAGAAGAGAGAAAAACCAUAUCCUUUGCUGGGUGCAUCACUCAAACAUAUUUCUACUUCUUCCUGGGGACAGUGGAGUCCAUCCUCUUGGCUGUCAUGUCUUUUGACCGCUAUGUGGCCAUCUGUAACCCCCUGCGAUACACCAUCAUCAUGAACAGUACAGUCUGCCUCCUGCUGGUUCUGGGAUGCUGGGUGGGAGCCUUCCUGUCAGUGUUGUGUCCCACUAUCAUGGUGUCCAGACUGCCAUAUUGUACUGAAGAAAUCAGUCACUUCUUCUGUGACAUUGCUCCUCUGUUACAGGUGGCCUGUAUUGAUACUCACUUCAUUGAGUUGAUAAACUUCCUCUUAUCUUCCCUUGUGGUUUUAAGUUCUCUAGUGCUCACCACAGUGUCCUACACUUACAUUAUCACCACCAUCUUACAUAUCCCCUCAGCCCAAGGACGUCAGAAGGCCUUUUCCACUUGUGCUUCUCACAUUACCGUUGUCUCUGUCGCCUAUGGAAGCUCCAUCUUCAUGUAUGUGAGACCCAACCAGAGCUAUUCCCUAGAUUUUGACAAAGUGACCGCUGUGCUCACUACAGUAGUAACUCCUCUUCUGAAUCCCUUCAUUUACAGCUUAAGGAAUGAAAAGAAUGGGAAUCACAUAAUCCCGCAACACUUGACUGUACUCAUGGGAAACCUAUACCAAGGCUAG